GUGGGCCGGCUCGAGCGGGAGCUGGAGGCGGCCCGCCAGAGGAAGCGGGCGGCGAUGCUCGAGGAGGACUUCGAGGCGGCCGCGGCCGCGAAGAGGCGGGAGGUGGAGCUGGUGGCGGCGCUGGAGGCCCUCGGGGCCGUGGGCCCGAGCGGCUCGGCCGAGGCCGCGCCCCUCGAGCCGCCGUCGGACGGGGGCGGCUCGCGGGCGGGCGGCCCGGCGGCCGCCGACCCCCUGACGCCCUCCGAGGCGGAGGCGGUCCAGCGGAUCGCGGAGCUGGGCUUCACCCACGCCGCCGCCCUGGAAGCGUUCGUGGCCUUCGGCCGCGACGAGGAGCUGGCCGCGAACGAGCUGCUGCGGUAG